CUUCCUUCUAGUUCUAACUAAAGGGACGGGAGGGGGAGGAGAAUGGAGAUUGAGGUUAAGCUAAGUCUUAAAUCGAAUUUUUAUAGUUCUAAGUUGAAACCUAGCUUAUUCAUAGAAAUGGUUUGAGUUACAACUCGUGUUUCGUUGAGAAAUCUUUGUUUCACUGCAUAACGAUGAUUUCAUUUAGUUAUAAAUUUAAAGCAUAGGCCUAGUGAAUACUCAACAUGUCGCCAGUCAGGGAUAGAGAAUUCAAAUUUAAGGCUUACAAAUUAACCAGUAAAUACAGAAUGAACGAUCGAAGUGGAAGUAGAGACAAGGAUUCCAAUGUGUGGCCUAAACCUAGGAGUGGGCACAGAAUAGUUUGUGACAAUGUGAAUGUUUAUUCAUUUGGUGGUUAUAACCCAUCAUUGUCCGCAUGUGAUGAAAGUGACCUACUCAGUGAUAAUGUUUGGUCAGAUAGUAAGCCUUUAUUUAAAGAAUUGUGGAAAUAUAAUAUAGCCACAGGCAUUUGGACGAAGAUGGAUGUUGAGCUUAUACCGGACAUUUUAGCUUCAAACGCUGUCCUUUUGAGUGGAAAUAUUUUGAUGGUUUACGGUGGAACUGGAGUACCCUUUGGUGCCAAUUGCAGUAAUGACCUGUUCAUUUGCGAUCUUUCAAAAAGCAAUGACCUUAAAUUUGAAGUAAUUGUUGCUCUAGGAAACAGUCCUCAGCCGCAAUAUGGUCAAGCGAUUCUGUUAAUUGAUGACUACUUGUAUACCAUUGGUGGGACCACUGGCUUUCAAUACUCUUGUGACAUUCAUCGCCUAAGCUUAAAGGAUGCAAUGUGGGAAGCUGUGUAUACUUGUAAGGGAAGUGAUAUUGAACCAACAGGAAGAUAUAGACAUGAGGUAGCAUACUUUGAACAAAGGAUAUAUUUACUUGGCGGUGGAACAGCUCAUGAAGCUUUUGAUUUUCAGACUGUUUUUGCAUUCAACCUGACUACAAACACGUGGGAAAAGAUGAACACGAGGCCUGACGACAAAGCGAGAGAAGUGUUUCCCUCCCGUCGCCGAUGCCACAGUUGUGUUCAGCGAGACCACUUUGUUUUUAUCAUCGGUGGGUUCACAGGUCAGUUGAUUCUCAAGGAUAUUUGGAGACUGGAUCUGAAAAACUAUCAGUGGGAGAAGCUUUCGAAAAUGUCUCUAAACAGAGGAGUGUAUUUCCAUUCCUCUUGCCUAACUCCCAGCGGUAAAGUGAUAACGUUUGGAGGAAUCGUUCAGUCUGAGAACACCAGUGAAAGAUCAGCUGACGUACACAUGGCUUGGCUUUGCAUACCGAAACUGAAAGAGAUAUGUUGGGAGGCAGUUAUCUCGUACCAUCGUGACUUGGACACUAUGACAGAGGAACAACUUCAUGCUCUGGGCCUGCCUCUGGAGUAUAUUAAUAGGCUUGACUUAAAAAGGAAGAUCAGAAUGUAAUUAAUUUUUAACAAUGAUUUUUCAGUUCAAAUAGACUACUUGAGUUCAAAGUUUCAAUGAAAUAUUAUUCUCACAAUUUUCUGAUUGUGAUUUUUAUUGGUUAUAACUGUUAAAACCUGUUGAAACAAGUAAAUUUAGUGAUUAAAAAUAUCUACAAACCUGUCAUUGAAUACAGUUCUUUCACUAAUUAGUAAGAUAAUGGAUGCAUUGUCAAUAGGUAGGCUACUCUUCCAAUACAGUAGACUCUCUUAUCCAGGACAUCGGUGUAACUGGACUAAACUCGGCAGAAGUGACAUCUUUUUAACCAUACAAUUUUUAUCAGAACACUGGUUUAACCGGACUGGAUCGGUAGGAAGUGGGUGGUACUGAAACAACUUUUCUCGUGGUAGUGAUUUGAGACCAGCGAUCACGUGUGUACACAAUGCUCUCCCAAUAUGAUUGGGAUAAUUGGGUAUAAUAUAAUUUGGUUAGUUUUUGAGUUUCUGGUAAAUUUGAGGAGACAUCAAUUUAACCGGAAAACCCGUUAUCCGGAUUGGCCUCGGUCCCGAGUCAUCUGAUAAAGGGAGUCUACUGUAUAUUUAUGGCAGUCCUAACUACUCUUAAAAUAUAUAUUUUUUCUGUAUUAUCCAUUUUAAUAAUUGAAUAAUUGUUAUUUCUAAAAAGUUUGUGUUAAAUACUGUACAAAUCGUGUGGUUUUGCUAGAUAUAUUUUAUCUAAGUUAUGUUUGUUGAUAUAUUUUUGAAUGUAUUAUAGUUGCUAAUUAAAUAUAAUUAAUAUAUUUUAUUGAAAUUAGAUGGUAUGAAUCUUUUAUCUAAAAGUCUAAGGUAGCAAUGCAACUUUAGAAUUGAUAAGGAAUAAUAUUACGAAUCGAGAUGGGGACACUGACUAGGUUUGUAAUUGAAUACAAAUAUGAGUAUAGAAUGAUAAAACUCUUUGUGUCUUUGUUUUUCUACUGACUAGGUCAGUUGUUUCAUUAGCCAGGAUCAUUUGUCCAACCAUCAGGUAGGCCAAUAACUGGAUCCGGUUUCAAACCAUCAAACAGCUACUAACUUUUCUCAUGAUCUAACCGCCGACCUUUUGAUUACUUUGUGAACACUAUAACCACUAUAUUUCACCAACAACCCAGCUAUAUUUUAUAUAGAAUAUAAUAUUUUUCCUACAGUUACCUAACAAUGUACAUGUUCUCUCACUGAUUUGAGAAAGCAAAGUGGCCAAUUCGCUCAUCAGUGAGACAAAGUUAACAAUCUAAUUACUAAUUACUAAUACUCUAAUUACUUUGUCUCACUCCAGAUUUGCAACGUGAAGGCACGAAAUAGGGAGCGCGUAGUAUGCAGGCAACGUCGUAUGCGCGUGAAAUACGUUGGCAGCACUGGCUGUAAAUCAGCUGGUCAGCUGUUGUACUGUUGUAUUUGUAACUUCACAUUAAAUGUUACAUUAAAAGUUCACUUCUGUGUAAAAAUAGGUUAUGUUUCUUCACCAAUUUAUUUGUUUUAUGGUAACUGUAGGAAAAGUAUAAUGUGCAACUCGAGUUCAAAGUAUAAUUGCCUCACUCGAGAAACCAUUCCUCACUCGCCUACAGCUCGUGAGUAAGGAUUUCUCUCGAGUGAGUCAAUUGCUCACUUUUCUCACUAGUUGCACAAAUAACUAUAGACUGUACCCAAUUGUAACCCCUCUUGUUGCAAUAAAAUAAAAUAUAAUAAGUAAAAGUACCUACCACCAAGUAUUUGGUGCCUGUCUUGUUUAAUGAUGGUUACUAGUUCAAUCCCAUCCCUUUGUGUUUGGAUGACAAGUUGUUAGCUGUUGAUAAAAAAAACCGACUUAAAUUUUCUUGGACUGGCUCGGAACAAUUGUAUUUUUGAAGCUGCUCAUUAGUUGUAUAACCACUGAAAAGACAUAAAAAUUAACAACAACAUGUUGUGUAAAAAUUGUUUUGUCCUAAUGCUGCUGGCCUAUUAAGCGUUAGGGACACAUGAGGGUAUUUUAUUUUGUCAAGCUACUGUGCAAAAAACUGUGGAUCAUAAGUCCCGCACGGGCUUAAUAUUUUCUAAACGACAACAGAUAAAUCAAUAAGAUUUGGUACAUCAACACCACACCUAAAAAUCUACUUUUUCAAGGAACUAUGAAUUUUCUGUCAUAUCAUGGGGACGUCUCGCAAGGAGUCAGAAGGAAAUCUUAAAUAGGAGCAUAGGUCAAUAUGCACAUCAAAUGAAAGGUCUUUUUAGUAGAAUACAAUGUCGCAAAGCACACUUCAAAAGGUUGAUCCUGCGCAAAAUGGCGGCCAUUCAAAGAUUUCUUGAAUCCGCCAUUUUGAAUCUUUAAACGACUGCCAUUUUUUACUCAGGCGUUCUUUUGAGCUUGAAUUUACGACAUUGUAAUCUACUAGUGAAGACCUUUAAUUUGAUGUGCAUAUCGACCUAUGCUUACGUUAACAAUUUUCUUACGAUUCCUAGGGCUGUGCCCCCUGAGGAGUAAGCGUGUAAUAGCAAUGCAAAUUAAAUUAAUCUUUGAACAACUGCCAUUAUUGGCUCGGUUGUCCGUUUGAGUUCAAAUUUGCGGUAUUAUAUUCUGCUAGUGCUAGUAAAGACCUUUAAUUUGAUGUACAUGCCAACCUAUGCUUCUAUUUAAGAUUUC